GGAGGACGCAAGUGUUAGCAUCACACAACAACGAACUACUUAGAAGUGGUCUCUUCUGCUCAUUCCCUCAACAGACUUACACAGACAUGACGGAUCGGUACUACCCUAAGGGGUGCGUGCCGGAAGUCGGCAACAAUGCCGAAAACAAACUGGAAUCCACGUACAAUGAGAUGAACAUGUGCAAAACGCAGCCCCGAUCCAAAUACCCUCCAGGAUACGGUGGUCAUGAACACGGUGCUGCGAAGAAGUUCGGCUACUCCAUCCCAGCGCCAGAUGCGCUGCCGAAAGAACGUACUGUUUCCCUUGUUGUUCUUGUUCUUGUGGAAGUGAAUGAAGAUUGGAGAUUUAUUGUGUGACACGUACUAUGACACAUCCACAUCUUCAAAAUACAGCAAUCGAUCCUGAAGAGCCGCUUGUGAACUUCCGAUCUGGAAAAUACGUUACCUAUGAACCGCUGCCGAACCGACAAUUGGUUAUUGAGAACGCACCGCCACCAGCACCAAAGGCAGUCCUGAACUACAGAGGAGUCGAGGCACAAGCUAAGUCAUUGACGCAGGAGAAUGAACGCAUGGCGUAUUUUGUUUUUUAGAAAACGAUCGAUGAUUUUUGUUUCCUUUCUAAAAUUGUUGAGUCAUUGUUUCAGGACCGAGCACUAUGAAUGUUGCAUUUUGUGGUUCAACUGACUCUCACUUUCCAAAAAAGUCUAGUACCGCUACCGCGAUCUCACUUAUCACCAAAAAACAACAGCACCUUCACGCCCCAGACAAGCGCAUAUUUGAGCUCUAUCGGUGGACAACAUGGCAGCACAAUCGAUAAGGAAGUGCCUUACACACCCGCAUUCUUCGGUAUCGGUACCGGCUUCAAUAGCGCCAAGAGCUCGAACACUUAUGGCCAGGGUUGAAGAGAUGAAAGACUCUCCUUAAAAAUUUUUGCUAUGAGUAAGUUGUAAUUGUGAUAGAUGCGUUGGCAGUUGUAAUUGUGAUACAGAGUGUUCGUUGGCCCUGUCACCUAUUUCCAUUGUCAUUAACUUGCUUCACCUCAUACAUCUCUACGACCUAGAAGAUGGAACCUCAACCUGAUCUUCUAAUCUCCCGGCUUCAACACUAUGAACGCAUCCAUCGAGGGCUCUUCGACUACAAAAGACGCCUUCCUGCCACCGAAGGCAAGGUUUACUCCGCAAGGUCUCAACUGCCUUGAGUACACACUGAAAAAGACUGGAGCUUGAGAAUGCGGAGGAUGGGUCUUUGCUGUAAGAAAGGUAUAGAUUUUUGCUUCUCGAAAUAUCAAGAAGAUGUCUCCUGUACCAACGACUUGUUGUUAUUUCCUCACUAGAAGUAAUGGCUUCGAUUAUAUAUUUAGUAUAGCACAGUGCGCCAAGGAUCUCCUCGCUCUUAAUAAGAUCUACGGGUAAGGAGCGGUAGCGCUCCUAAUAUUGAGUUAGUCAGUAACUUCUAUAGUACUAUAGUAUAACAAGGGGGCCCUCCCAUAGGGGAGGGCCCCCUUGAUAAAUAUUGUAGUCUAUUCAAUGGACAACUACCUGGUUCAAUUAUUUUUAGUAGGACCUUGUGAAAAACACAAUACUCUCCUCCAGGACACGAAACGUAAGAGGGGCAUUGGAGGUGUCCAGUUGUAGGUUUUUCGCAAUAAAGGAGCACGAAAUCUAAGGAAGAAUUUUGCAGAACGAAGCUUAGCGAAAAGAGAAUUUCUAUAGUUUACGACGAAUCAAUCAAAGCGCUUCUUAUACAGUUUGUUGCUUGCGUCAUGUUGACAUUCAUGUGCUGAACAAAAAUUAGUAGCUCGAUCUUAAAUCACAGGGAACCAAUCUAUCACGAAUCUAAACUUGCCGAUAAACUUCACAGAAUUACGUUGUUAGAAUCUCUCACAAGUCUGAACUAAGGAAUUUCAAACUGAGAAUAUUGCAUGUAGAAGAGGCAGGUAAGGAAUUAAGAAGACAGUGUUGAACUACUAACGAGUCUAAAAGUGUAACUACGAAAACUAAUGACCACAGUCGUUGAACAGGUAUGCAGCAGGAGUGAGGAUAUAUUACAAUGUACUAGCAGCUAUUCUUUCAGAAACAAGAUUACAUCGCGGGAUUCGCUGCUAUGUAAAUCAAGAAUUUAUGUAGAGGACGAAAAUCCUCUUGUAUAUCAUGUUUUGGAGUGAUCUGUAUACUCGAAUGAUUUUG